AUGUGGACUAAAGGCGAGUCAGAGGGACUCCAGACUUUAGGGAUUGUGGUGGUGGUGUGCUCCUCUCUGAAACUUUUGCACUACCUCGGGCUAAUUGACUUGUCAGAUGAUAAAAUUGAAGAUGAAUUAGAAAUGACUACAGUGUGCCAUAGACCCGAAGGACUGGAACAGCUUGAAGCACAAACCAAUUUCACUAAAAGAGAACUUCAAGUGCUUUACAGAGGAUUUAAAAAUGAAUGUCCUAGUGGGGUUGUUAAUGAAGAGACAUUUAAACAGAUCUAUGCACAGUUUUUUCCUCACGGAGAUGCUAGCAUGUAUGCACAUUAUCUCUUUAAUGCUUUUGACACUGCACAAAAUGGCUCCGUGAAGUUUGAGGAUUUUGUGAUGGCGUUGUCCAUUCUGUUGCGGGGAACUGUUCAUGAAAAGCUAAGAUGGACGUUUAAUCUCUAUGACAUAAAUAAGGAUGGCUAUAUAAACAAGGAGGAAAUGAUGGAUAUUGUAAAGGCGAUUUAUGAUAUGAUGGGAAAGUACACGUAUCCAGUGCUCAAGGAGGAUGCUCCAAGGCAGCAUGUAGAAGUAUUCUUCCAGAAAAUGGAUAAAAACAAAGAUGGUGUUGUAACUUUAGAUGAGUUUAUUGAAUCGUGUCAGGAGGAUGACAACAUCAUGAGAUCCUUACAGCUCUUUGAGAACGUGAUGUAA